UUUGUAGGUUAUUUGUAAUUCUUGCCGCUUCUGUGAACGCAGUAGCUUGCAUAAUUUAGAGUUACAGUUGGAUCAGCUGACUGAACAGCAUGGUUUAUGGUGUUAAUAAACAAAAAGAACAUUAAAUUAGCAAUUAAUGCUAUGUCUGAUGUGUGUGUGACUCAGAGCAGGUAGCAUGCACUGAAACUAGCUCUGAUUGGCUGAGGCACAUUGCAUCACAGUGCAGUGAAUUGUGCUUCUGUGACUCAUCCUGUAGGGCUUAUAGAUGUUCCCCCCACCACACACACCUGCUUCAUUGUGAUGAAAGAUGAUGCUUCAUCUUUUAUUUGUUGCCACCUUACACCUACACUUGAGACGCAACGACACCUGUAUGUGAGCUAGCUACUUCAGGGAGUUACCUGCCUCGCCUGUUCUUGUGACACUGCUCAUCAGCUUACCUUGUCUGCUGUGUGCGUGCUUGUGACACAGCUGUUGUGUUUAAACCACUUCUUUUCCCUGUGCAAUGCUCUUGCUGUUCUCUUGUGGAUCUAAUCUCUCCGGGAUAUUGAAGUCUUCACAAAUCAAAAUGACCUUCAUAAAAAACAUCAGAGAGAAAAUCAAUCCAGCCCUUCUUCCAAUGAAAUGUCAUUACUUCUUAUGGAAUGCAGGCACGGCGCCGGCCGUGUCCUUCGCGUCGACGUGGGCGCGGCAGCGGGGCUUGUCGAGCGUGGCGGUGGGCACGGUGUUCGCGGCGCUGCCCGUGUGCGGGCUCCUGGCCAAGCCCCUGCUCGGAGCGCUGGCCGACCGCUACCAGCUGCAGCGAGCGCUGUUCCUGGCCUUCCAAGCGCUCACCGCCGCCGCCUUCUUCUCCGUGCAGUUCGUGCCCGCCGUGCCCACGCGGACCACCGUGGCGCUGCUCUGCGGGAACACCACGUCCUUCCGGUUGUGCCCCGGCACGGCGGGCCAGCUCCCCGGCACACACGUCAGCUGCGAGCUGUCGUGCAGGAACGCCAGCUCCCUGGUCUUCGAGAUCUGCUCCUCGUGGACCGAGUCAGAUCAGUGCCAGGGGCCCACCGGGUCCACCACGGAGACGAGUGCAGUGCGACCAACCGGCGGGACGACUCUGGAAGCACUCUGUGACUCGGCAGCCGCUGACGUCCAGCUGGUGGCUGAAGUUCCUCCGGGAAACAUCCUGCAGCAGGGCAGCUCGUGCCUGGAACUGCGCGUCGGCGCGUGCCGUGUGGGCGACGCCUGCCUGGCGCCGCGCUGCGGGAACCCGACCGGCGCCAGCUGCGAGGCGCGCUGCGACGACGCGGCGCUGCGCGAGGCGCUGGAGUCCGCGGCCUCGGGCGACGACCCCGUCUCGCUGUACCAGUUCUGGCUGCUGCUGGGGCUGCUGGCGCUGAGCUGGGUCGGCAUGGCCGUGGUGGUCAGCCUGGGCGACGCCCUCUGCUUCCAGCUGCUGGGCGAGAGACCAAUCCUGUACGGCCGACAGAGGCUGUGGGGUUCCAUUGGCUGGGGGAUAUUCUCCCUCAUGACCGGAGCGCUCAUCGAUGAGUUCAGUCGCGGCAAACAGAAGAAAGACUACACCGUCAUGUUUUACAUCUUACUGAUCCUUGUCGGUCUGAAUUUCUGCAUCUGCUUCCAGCUCAAGCCCGGCGAGAGGAAGCGGUCGAAGAACAUCCUGCGAGACAUCGCCAAGUUGCUGCCUGACCUGAGGAUCGUCAUGUUCGUGGCCUGGUGCAUCGCUUGUGGCCUGUGCACCGGCUUGCUGUGGCAGUUCCUGUUCUGGCACUUGGAGGACCUGGCCGUGCUGCGCGGCGGCGGCGUGGCGCGCUGGACCAAGACGCUGCAGGGAGCCGUCAGUGCGGUGCAGACCUUCGGCGGCGAGCUGCCCUUCCUCUUCCUGUCGGGCGGCGUGCUGGCGCGACUGGGCCACGUGCACACCAUGUCGCUGGUGCUGGCGGCCUACGGGGCGCGGCUGCUGCUGUACUCGCUGCUGGCCGACCCCUGGUGGAGCCUGCCCAUUGAGCUGCUGCACGGUCCCACGUAUGGCCUGAUGUACGCCACCAUGGCCUCCUACGCCAGCAUCGCGGCCCCGCCCGGCACCGAGGCCACCGCGCAGGGCCUCGUGGGAGCCGUGUUCGAGGGCGUCGGAGCCUCUCUGGGCAGCCUGCUGGGGGGGAUCCUGUACCAGCGAGGCGGGGCCUUCACCUUCCGUGUGUACGGGGUGGGAGCGCUCGUCGCGCUGUGCGUGCACGUCUGUGUGCACUGCGUGCUGGCCCGCAGGCCGCACUACGGGGUGCAGCCUUCAGAUAUUGCUGGCAAAUCAACACCUGUCCAAGAGUGACACUUCUCAUGCAUUUAAAUAACAUCCUGGGUCAAAAUAAGAUAUACCGUAUUUACCCGAAAAUAAUGUGAACCUAAACAUUUUGAUUAUAAUUUAAUGGAAAAAAAAAUUAUGGAUUGGAGAUCACAAUUCAAGUACAUAGCACUUGAAAAUUAUUUUGUUUAUUCCAUAUUUACUAGACCCUUUCUGCAACCACUUGCAUACCUGCCAACUUUUUAGUUUGGUCAUCAAGAAAACUUUUAAAUUGGGAAAAUGUAUCGUAAAUCAAAUGCGGCAAUUUUUUACAUGCUUUAUGUGCAAUUAUUUUCUAUUUUUCUAUUCCAUUUGGUUUCUGCUAAUUUACUAAUGACAUGAAGGGCAUAUCGAUAGCCUAGAAUGAAAACCUCAUACAGUCAAUAUUGUAAAUGUACUGGGAAACUAAACCUAUCCAGAAUGUGCCAAUUUACACAGCAUGCAUAUGAAAAGCAAAAUGAUCAAGUACAAAACAAAAGCAAUAGUAUUCACUAAACAAGAUUACUUAAAGACAUGCCUUGCUAUAUCACAUGUUUGUUACAUAUUUCAGUCAUCUCCUGAUUAUCAUCUUUGAUGCAAUUUAAAGACUUUGAAUGUGCAGCAGUUGCCUUCUUUGCUUUACCUAAUAAAUCUGAGGUAAACCUUUGUUCAUAACAAACAAUUCCUUGAUUUCAACACAGAAAUAGACUGCAAAGUUUCAGAUGACAUGGAGGACCUAAAUUGGGUUGUUUUUUUUUCCACCAUACUGAAAAUGCGCUCACAUUCUGAAUUACUGUGGAAAGCACGUUUUUCCUAUGCUUAGUACACUUAACAUGUGUAGUUAUGUCGGACCUACCUCCAUGAGCAAUACUAAAAUCACACCGGCACACUGUGCAAAACACAAAAGUUUCUCCUUUUUGCAAUUUCAGAAUACACGGGAAUUCGUUGUUAUACGCAGCACGGUAAGUCUGAAUAUAUUUCUUGUUGGCUAGCUUACUCAUGGUUCCCACCACGUAAAUGCACAUGAAAAAAAAAAAGGCUGCGCAGCACUACAUUGGAACUACGAACAAUUGUAUAGUCAGCCAUUUUGGACGUAAUAUAAGGAACAGACCAAGGAGGUAGGGCUGACGUCACAAUUGUGGUCCGUUCCUCCGUUUAAGGAAGCAAUUUUUCGUUGCGGUAACUGGGAAACGACCGUAAACCGUCCAGUCCAAACCAUAUACAAAUAACUAACUAUAUCUCUUGUUUUGUUUUCAUUCCGCCUUCCGUCGGUGCGUCGGUAACAUGGCUGGUACAGUAAAAUUUGGCAGGUAUACAUGGCCCGUACAGUGAACGGUAAUAAACCACCACGCAAAAAUAAAUCCGUAAGAUAUUAAAGACGUCCGUAAAACCGUAAAAUAGUAUUAAAAUCCGUAAAACUUACGGACAAUCCGUAAAAGUUGGCAGGUAUGCACUUGUCAGUGGAGUUAUUUACAUACGUAAUCCAUCUUAAAUGACAUUGACACCCCGUUCUGCAGUUACAAAAAAAAAUUAUACAACUGUAGUUCUACAGGAUGGCCAUACAAACUAUCAAAUGAAAUUCCCAUUUCCAGGUUUUCCCUGUCCAGAUUAUAAUUUUUUCUGACCUUGAUCUAUUAAGUAACCCAAAUAAAUUAUAGCAGACAAGUUACCAAAAUGAAACAAACUACUUUUAAAAGAGUAUAAUAAAAUUUGCAAAUUA